AUGUCAUCAGCAGACAAGGAUGGCGUCAAGCCACCAUCGCCAUUCUACCUCGGCGAAAAUUCCAAGCGAACCAAGGACAAAUCUCAACAGCAUCAUAACUCCACUCCUUCAGUUUCAAACCUCUCUCGUCCAUCCACUGCAGGAACUGCUGCAAGUUCCAUCGUCAACCCUUUCUCCCCACCUGCCAGUGUCAUCAGCUUUAGCGUUGAUCCCGUAAGCAACGCGUCGAUGCCCAUUGCAGGACAACAUGAGGGUCUAGAACCUGUACCUCGUCAUGGCGUGACGGCACUUCCUCGCAGUACAUCGUACUAUGGCACUCGCCCGAACACUGGGGAUAACCCCAGUCGCGUAGCCUCCGGUAUUCGUCUUCGUGAAACUUUCGCAGCACCGCCAGCUCGUCCUUUGACAGCAGUCUCAACCUCUGUGAGCCUGGCUCCGAGCAAGACAACCCGCAUGCGUUCUACCAUGCUUGAAGAUCCAAACACCUUGGACAAACCUUGGGUGACUACGAAAGACCCAUAUGCGAGGAUUGCCUAUCUCUUGACUUACUCGGUAGCAUUCCUUGGCAUAGCAGCUUCUGCUGUACGAUGUUACUUUGGUUAUAAGAGCGUACCAUUGAUCACUGGUAACUUGUGCAUGGUGUUGGAUGAAGAUUUUACUUCCGACACCGAUACGACUUUCGGACCUAACGGAAACUGGUUCCGUGAAGUGCAAUUAGGCGGAUUUGGGAACGGCGAGUUUGAGAUGACAACGUCGUCAUCAAACAAUUCGUACACCUCCGACGGAUACCUUUACAUAACCCCUACCUUGACAUCGAACAUGAUCGGCUCGGAUGCUGUGUUCAAUGGUUAUACAUACAACCUUACCGAUUGCACAUACAACGUGACGAACCCGGAAGCAAAUCCGGGCUCAACAAACAACACGGGCUUUGACGCCACUGCCUACUACCGAUCCUGCGGUGCAGUAAGCAAUAGUACUACUGGCGCGAUAAUCAACCCUAUACAAAGCGCGAGGAUCACCACACGCAACUCAGCUAGCAUCCGAUAUGGCCGUGUUGAGGUACGAGCCAAGGUUCCACGGGGGUACCUCUGGCCUGCCAUUUGGAUGCUUCCUGUGAACAACACCUACGGACCAUGGCCAAUGAGCGGUGAAAUUGACAUCAUGGAAUCACGUGGAAACGCUCGCAGCUAUCCUGAUCAGGGUAUCGACUAUGUCCGCGGAUCACUCAACUGGGGACCACUGUCAUUCUUGAACGCCGUAUCCAAGACUUUCGGCUGGUGGACACAGAGACGCACCGACUACGGGGAGGGCUUCCACACCUAUGCACUGGAGUGGACAGAGAGUUUCCUUCGCAUUUACGUUGACACUCGUUUACACUAUAUGCUUGAGCUUUCGUUCAACGAGCCCUUCUUUUCACGUGGAGACUUCCCCUCUGUGGUCCAAAAUGGAUCAGAGCCCAUUGUUCUGCAGAACCCUUGGAUCAACGGGACUAAUGCGACACCUUUCGACCAACCAUUCUAUCUCAUUAUUAAUCUUGCCGUUGGCGGGACUAAUGGGUGGUUCCCCGAUAACGCGGGCAACAAACCAUGGCUGGAUAACUCAGCAACAGCCAUGCUCAAUUUCGCGCAGGCACAGGAUACAUGGUACCCCACCUGGGGUUCAGAUGGAGAGAGUAGUUCGUUCGUUGUGGACUCCGUCAAGAUGUGGGAGCUGUGUUAG